AUAAAUAUUAGCAACAAAGUGCAGGGCAUUGCAAAGGGGAAGAUGGCACCUUCGGCGUGUGCAGCUUGUCGAUCACAGCGCAAAAAAUGUUCGGAUGAAUGUUUGCUGGCUCCUCAUUUUCCUUCCGAUGACCUUCAAAAGUUUGGGCUCGUACAGAAAGUGUACGGAUUCAACAAUGUCCUGAAAAUGCUUAAAGAUGUUAAAGCUGAGCAAAGAGCAGAUGUAGUGAAGAGUUUGGUGUAUGAAGCGACUGCCAGAAUGGAGGACCCUGUUUAUGGGUGUACUAGAGAGAUCCAUCAACUGCAGAAGCGGAUUGCUGAGCAGGAGUCCAAGUUGGCAGCCACGCAAGCAGAGCUCCUGGAUAUGCGUUUUGAACAUCACAAUUUUGUUUCCCUUCCCACCAUUUGUGACGAGGUGGAUCAAAUGCUGUUUUGUGAACCGCUAUGGGAAGUGCAAAUUUAAGAGAAGAUUAUAUUGAAAUUUGUAUUAUGGAGGUCAGAGCAUUCCUCACUGUUUCAAAAACGCUUUAAUACUAUUUUACAAUUAUGCUGCUUAUCCUAAUGAACAUUUGUAUUAAAUAUAUAUUUUAAUAAACUUGGCUCGUUUAUAUUUU